AAACAUUGCCAAACAAACGUUUUUAUUGAAACACACUAUCUUCCUUUUUACAUGUAAUAUUAAAUCUUCAAAUUCUUCACUUUUCCCUCUCCAAAUUCAUUCUCUUUUUCUCUCUCUUCAAUUACAAAGAGAGAACUGAAUUAUUGCUCUUCAAUCGGCGAUGGCACAUUCUUUGAAUUUCUUGCCCUUGUUUUUCACUUUACUACUCUCUACGGCGGCGGUUUUCUCGUCCGAGGAAUUGGACGACGGAGAUUCACAGCGGAGAGAGGCUGAUCGAGUGGUCAAUUUGCCGGACCAGCCGCCGGUGGAGUUCCGGCACUAUGCCGGUUAUAUCAAACUCCGGCAGAGUGAAGAGAAGGCUCUGUUUUACUGGUUCUUUGAGGCUCAAAACGACGUCGCUCUUAAGCCUCUUGUUCUUUGGCUCAAUGGAGGGCCAGGGUGCUCCUCCAUAGCUUAUGGAGCUGCUCAAGAACUUGGGCCCUUCCUUGUUCAGAGCAAUGGAAAGCUAAAACUCAACCCUUUCUCUUGGAAUAAAGCUGCAAAUAUGCUAUUUUUGGAGUCACCAGUGGGAGUGGGAUUCUCUUAUACAAACAAAUCAUCAGAUUUACAAAAGCUUGGAGAUAAAGUCACAGCUGAAGAUUCUCAUGCUUUUCUUAUUGGUUGGUUCAAAAGGUUUCCAAAUUUCAAACUUCAUGAUUUCUAUAUUGCUGGGGAGAGUUAUGCUGGACAUUAUGCUCCCCAACUUGCUGAGCUCAUUUAUGAGAGAAACAAAAAUUCUAGCAAAGAUUUGAUUGUUAACCUCAAGGGCUUAUUGAUUGGAAAUGCAGCCAUCAAUGAUGAAACAGACACAAUGGGAAUGGUUGAAUUUGCAUGGAGCCAUGCCAUAAUAUCAGAUCAACUCCAUGCCAACAUCUUCAAAGAUUGCAAUUUUUCAGUUGACAUCGAAAACCUAACACUUUCUUGCCUUAAUUACUAUAGAGAUUUUUUAGUUUCUUACUCCAAAAUUGAUAUCUAUAAUAUUUAUGCUCCAACUUGCCUCUCUUCUUCGUCCUCUUCUUUCGACUCGAUGGUCAGACUCCUCGAUACUAUUCCUGGAAUCUUCUCGAAAUAUAAAUUAUGGAGUAAGCUACCAAGAGGCUAUGAUCCAUGUAGUGCAAAUUAUGCAGAAAAGUAUUUGAGUAGAGAGGAUGUUCAAAGGGCUCUUCAUGCUAAUGUCACCAAACUUUCAUAUCCUUACACCCCUUGCAGUAAUGUCAUCCAAGAUUGGAUUGAUGCUCCUGACUCUGUCUUGCCAAUCAUUCACAAGUUGCUCCAAGCACAAUACCGCGUUUGGAUUUAUAGCGGUGACACAGAUGGAAGAAUACCAAUAACAUCGACAAGAUAUAGCAUAAAGAAAAUGGGGUUAAAAGUUGAAGAAGAAUGGAGGGCUUGGUUUGAGAGGCAUCAAGUGGCUGGUUGGGUUGAAACCUACCAAGAAGGCCUCACUUUGGCUACCAUUAGAGGGGCAGGCCACCAAGCCCCAAUCUUUGCUCCUCAACAAUCACUUGCUCUAUUCGUUUACUUUCUUGCGGACCAUCGUUUGCCCAUAACUCCCAAAAUUUAGUUAUUAAAAUCAAUUUUAUUAUUGUCUCUGUUUGAUAACUAUUUUAUUUUAAGUUUCUUUAUUUUAAUAUAAAUAAACUUGUUUGUUUGUUAAUUGUA